AUGCCAGCAACGGCACAAGCUUUCAAUAGGAUAUUGGAUGACCUUGCUCGCCGUCAACUUCUUCUUGAUUUUCAAUUUGGCGCAGCUGGAAGUAGCUAUGAAGCAAUCAGAAACAUAGGUUCUGGCGCAUUUGGCAUCGUAUGUGAAGCAGUUGAAACAAAUUCAGGAAAAAAAGUUGCCAUCAAAAAAAUCGGCCAUGCAUCAGCAACGCCAACUUCAGCCAGACGUACAUUGCGUGAAAUUCGAGUGCUCCGUUAUAUUGCUCAUGAUAACAUUGUUAGUCUCAGGGAUAUUUUUCGGACACCCGGAAAUUUAGGAAUAAAUGUUUACCUUGUGAUGGAUCUAAUGGAAGGUAAUCUUCAUCAUCUCAUCUAUUGUGGUGGUCCAAUGGAAGAUGAUUUAAUUUCUCAUUUUCUAUACCAAAUAUUACGAGGACUUAGGUAUAUACAUGCUGCCGGUAUUGCUCAUCGCGAUUUGAAACCGUCAAAUUUACUUGUUAAUGGUGAUUGCCAUUUGCGCAUUGCGGAUUUUGGUAUGGCAAAAUUAGCAAUGAAAAAUCAGGUUGAAGAGGUAGAAGAGCAUUCAUUCUACAUGACACAACAUAUAACUACAUUACCGUAUAGAGCUCCCGAACUUCUUUUUGUGAUGCCGGAACAUUCAACAGCGGUGGAUUUAUGGGCAGUUGCUUGUAUUUUUGCUGAAAUGAUAAUUCGGCGAGAAUUGUUUCCUGGUCGAAGUGUAAGUGGACAAAUAAAAAUUAUUGUCACCAUGCUUGGUGCACCUUCGGGCAAGAUCCUGAAUCAGAUUCAAUGCGAUCGAACACGACGUUUAAUCGAAAAUUUUGGUGAUCAUCCCGUACGGCCUUGGAAUGAAAUUAUUCGCGAUAAAGCCGAUUCUAUCGAAACCUUAGAUUUAAUUGCUAAAAUGGCUAAAAUGGAUCCUGAAGAGCGAAUUGAUGUUAAUGAAGCCAUUCAGCAUCCAUAUUUCAAAGAGUAUUAUCCCAGUGUUAUUAAUGAACAAGCUUGCCCUUUCAAGGUAAAGAUGGAUAUGGCAGCAAUUGAAACCCUAUCUCAUGAGGGCCUUGUCCAAGCUUUGAUCAAUGAUGUUCGUGGAGCUGAUGAAGCUGAUUUCACAACUCAUUCAGCAGACGUAGCGCUUACGCCAGGUGACUCGUCGUCAGGUAUAUCCGAAGGAAGUACAUCGGCUAGUGAAGAUCUCCGACAAAUGACAUUUAGUGUUGAUGAAACUGCUACUGAUUAUCGAAAAAAUCGACUGUUCAAAUAA